AUUCCUUGAUGGGGGAAACAUGAAAGGUUUCGUCUUGCUCUGAGGCUCUGCGAUGAUGUCAAGCAGUCAAGGAACUCCCCGUUCGACCUAUGUCACUGCUCCUGCAAGCGAAGCAACUACACCCAUGAACACAGCCGCCAUCGUCGAUCCCCUCAGGGGUCUGCCGACCAACUCGUCUAUGUCUGUACCCGGAGAUAAUGGAGAUGUGAAUCCUUUACCGGAUUCCACAAUGGAGCGGCAACUUCCUUCUGCGACAAGACCACCGAUGGAGGAGGUCCCGAAACCAAAGAAAAGAGCUGCGUUAACGAACCUAUCAUCAAUCCCAUUCUCGGUCCAGAAAAAGCAGAUGCGCGAAAAACGAUUCAGUGCAGAUCCAGCUUCAGAACCCGAUGAGCCGGCCGAACCACGGCCGUUGAAGCGACCUGCGGUCCUCGCAUUGGACACUAGUAAGGGAGUUGAAACCAAGGAAACGGGCAUUAAGGAUCAUGAUACACCUCAGGAGAGGCCAAGGAAGCGAGUAAAGUUAACGACGCUUUGUUCUACGCCAUUUUCCGCACAGAAGGACACAGGGCAGACAGGUUCUUUGGCCGCAGAGACAGGGAACGAGGCACGCAACGACGGUACAGACAAACCGCCUGCUAUGACCUUACCUGUUUCGAUAUCUGGAAGGAGCCGCCUGGUUCCUUCGGCAGAGAAAUCUACACCUCUGCUAGGGGAGCUCAUACCCUCCACCAUGUUCAAACCUCCGGCACUCUCCACCCCAAUUACGAACACUCCGAAGUCGGAUACCCCCGCAAAGGAGAAGAACAUCGCAUCGCUCAAGCCCACUCUCCGUAAGCGGACAGACUUAGUUGCAGACGGGUUGGGUCAGAGGACCUCGUUCUUGGCUAAGCCUACACGUAGUGAGGAGAGGGCCGAUGCACAUGUGGACAAAGUACCGGGUUCCCCCUCAGCGACGGCCACUCCUCAAGAAUCAGUGCAUGUACGGACUUUUGUUCCUGUGAGAGGGGAUCCCGCCCUGCUGACAGGAGAUGUGGAGAUGAAAGAAAUACCAGCCUCUUUACGGACGCGAAGAGACAGCCCUCAGUCUAUGGGACCGGAGGAGUUGUCCGGAGAUGAGACAGGAAUGAAGGACGAUGACGAGGUCCUCCCCUCAUAUAAACCACAAGCGACACUAUCUGUGUCUGCGAGUGCCCCUGCUCCUCGUGAGAAUAUUGUCAUGAGCGAAGCGCAUCAAGUACAGCAUGAUCCCCUUACGUCGAAGACUUCCCAGUCGCCAGUAAGCAGCGUCGGUUGGCGUCCAUCAGUUGUAACGACCUUCUUGCAGUCUACUGUCCCGGAAGUGACCCGAAGUACGAUCGGUCUACCGUCCACCAUUCAAACUUGGGAAGAUUUCAUCACGCAGGCUUACAGAGACGGUCUGACUGAAAACCAGUUCAAUGAACUCAUAUCGUCAUCUACGGGGGAAAUAUUAAAGAUAAGGCAACCCGAGCAUAGGCCGGGCAUGCUUUCACCUCAAGCUAUUGCGCAGAAUUAUGGGAGAAGGUUGCGAGAGGCUAUGCAGAGAUACGCACGCUCUCGGCCUGCGCGGGACACAGCAGAGGUUAACGUGGACGAAGUUUCCCUAGUUGGCGAUAAAAGUAUCGCACUCACCGAGGCGGAGGAUGUAGCAGUUGACAAGACAGCGGGUACUGUCGCUGAGGUGGAGGAGGUGUCCGAUCAUACGGAGGAGGUUGAGACUUCAGGAGCUAACCACAGAGACCCGAUCAUGGAGACCCCUUCCCCAGAAGACCAAGAAAACCAUGUGGCGCAUAUGACGGCGGAUGGAAAGCCUGCUGAUCCAAACAGUCCUUCACCGCCCGUCACAGCAACGAUCACGCAUGAGAUCCCAGGAUCCCCUGACGCACAAAGGCAGCGUGGUGACCUGAGGUAUAAGCACGGCGAAGUUCAGGUCGUUAUGGGUUUAGGAUAUGGAAUUGAUGGAUCCACGCCUCACAGGAAAAGGCCUUGGCCUGGUAUUCUUAUCAGCGAAGGAUUAUGCCCGGACUUCGUCAAGCGGCACAAACCUACCGGUGAACGGUCUGAAGACAUGGUACCAGUUAUGGCGUUCCCGCUAGCUGCACACGAGUUCUACUGGACACGAUUGUCCAUGGUGUGGCAAUUUUCGAAGGAAAUAGCCCUUGGCGGCUUCCAUGAGGGAACGAGGAUGAAGGAAUUCCAGAUCGCUGUAGCAGCGGCACUGAGCCCGCCAUCUUUUGAACAAUUUACCAAAGUCAUCAGGCAUACGAAAGAUCUGGUCAGACCUAUUCAUGUACCGGUUUUGACUGAGUUCGGUGAUAUCUUUCCCGACGUUGGUCAAGGCGGCGUGAGAAUCAAAGGGUUCGCGGACCCCAAGCUGGCGCGGGGUCCUAUGUGGCAUGAACUAGCUUCAUCCCCUGCACUUUCUAUCAGAAAAAUACCUGAAGUGGUGGAGGAGAACAAGCUGCGCAGGUUUUUCGAAAGAGCUGGGAAAGUGGAGUACAUUGCGCCAGGCGCCAUGGAUAAGAGAACUCGGCGUCCUGUUGACUGGCAAGUUACGUUCGCGCAUACUGCUAUUGCUAUUGCCGCACAAUACGUCGUACGGCGGAUGACGCUGGCGGGAGAAAGGUUGUCGACGGCGGCUGUGGACGUGAACGAGGCGCUUCUGAAACCCUCAAAUGUCCUCCGCGUAACGCGGCUGCCCCCAACGACUGGAUUGCCUGCCUCCAUGGAGACCAAACUGAAGGCUCAUUUUUCCCAGGCAGGAAGCGUACGGGACAUGACCCUAAGCACGUACAAGAACGCCGCGGGGUCCAUCUUACCUUCAAACUGGGGCUUCGUAGUCUUCGCAAACACGUUUGCUGCAAAGAACGCCUGGAACACGGGAACGUUGCGUCUUUUUGAAAGGGCGUUUUUGAAGUUCUCUUUCGCGAACGAAAACGACUAUCGCAAGUUGGUAAAUGCAGAAUACGAGAGGAGACGCAAUGCUGGCAUAAGUGUCGCAGAACCGCCGGCUGCGGUGGCUCUCACUGACGAAUCGACGCAGCAACCAGGGCUGUUAUUCGUGCCCAGAGGUCCUGCAGCCGGCUCUUCGGCCCAAAAUCAUGCGCCUUCGAAUUCGAGAGGGGGACCUGGUAGUCCAAGUCGUUGGAAGAAGCAUGUACCACACAGGCGUAAUUGGGGUCCAGCAUCCAGAAGGUGACCGCCGAGCAGUGGAGCGAACAACGUACCUAUGUCACAAGGACCUCAACGGCCACCUUCGAAACAGUGAGAUGCCGUAUACCGAAUUGGAGGCUUGUAGGGGAUGCCAGAUAGUUGUAAUGACUGCGGCGAGGAAACUUCUCGCGAUCGGAAGUGACAACGUACUGGAAUGAGAAGAGCAUUAUCGAAGUGGCGCGGGAGGUUAUGGAGUUAUCACUGGCGU